AAUGAGGGUCGAAUUGGCGCGUAGUUUAAUUGUUUAGCAUUCGCGCCUUUUCCUGACAGGAUUGUGAGCGUCAAUCUCAGUCCUGCGCUGUCUCCGCUUGUCUGGAGCCCCUGGAACUUGUGUGAGACCCGCGUCUUCUCCCCGUUAUUUGUCUCCCCAGCCGGCGCCAUGCACGUCAUCAAGCGAGAUGGGAAGCAGGAGCGUGUCAUGUUCGACAAGAUCACCUCACGAAUCCAGAAGUUGUGCUAUGGACUCAACUUGGAAUUUGUUGACCCAGCCCAAAUUACUAUGAAAGUAAUUCAGGGUCUUUACAGUGGAGUCACAACUAUAGAGCUGGAUACCCUGGCAGCGGAGACAGCAGCCACCCUGACAACAAAACAUCCAGACUAUGCCAUUCUGGCUGCUCGCAUAGCUGUUUCUAACUUGCACAAGGAGACAAAGAAAAUAUUUAGUGAUGUGAUGGAAGAUCUGUACAACUAUGUGAAUCCUCUAAAUGGCAAACACUCGCCCAUGGUCUCAAAGGAAACCCUUGACCUUGUGUUGGCAAAUAAAGAUCGUCUCAACUCCUCCAUUAUUUAUGACCGUGACUUCUCCUACAACUUUUUUGGCUUUAAGACACUAGAACGGUCCUACUUAUUGAAAAUAAAUGGAAAAGUUGCUGAACGGCCACAACACAUGCUGAUGAGGGUAUCUGUUGGUAUACAUAAAACUGAUAUUGAUGCUGCUAUCGAAACCUACAAUCUGUUGUCAGAAAAAUGGUUCACGCAUGCUUCUCCUACACUGUUCAAUGCUGGUACCAACCGCCCACAGCUCUCCAGCUGUUUCCUGCUCUGUAUGAAAGAUGACAGCAUUGAAGGGAUCUACGACACAUUGAAGCAGUGCGCUCUGAUCUCAAAGUCUGCUGGUGGUAUUGGUGUUGCAGUCAGCUGUAUCCGUGCCACUGGUAGUUACAUUGCUGGGACAAAUGGCAACUCAAAUGGUCUUGUACCAAUGCUGAGAGUCUACAACAACACUGCACGAUAUGUGGAUCAAGGAGGAAACAAGAGGCCUGGUGCAUUUGCCAUAUACCUGGAACCUUGGCAUUAUGAUGUGUUUGAAUUCCUGGACCUAAAAAAGAAUACUGGAAAGGAGGAGCAGAGAGCCAGGGAUCUAUUCUAUGCCAUGUGGAUACCGGAUCUCUUUAUGAAACGUGUAGAGAAUAAUCUGGAUUGGUCAUUAAUGUGUCCUCAUGAGUGUCCUGGCUUGGAAGAAGUUUGGGGAGACAAGUUUGAGGAGCUCUAUGAAAAAUAUGAGCGAGAGGGACGAGCCCGUAAGGUGGUGAAAGCACAGCAGGUAUGGUAUGCCAUUAUAGAGUCACAGACUGAGACUGGCACUCCCUAUAUGCUCUAUAAGGAUGCCUGCAACCGCAAGAGCAAUCAGCAGAACCUGGGCACCAUUAAAUGCAGUAACCUGUGCACAGAGAUUGUGGAGUACACCAGUGAAAAAGAGGUUGCCGUCUGUAACUUGGCUUCUUUAGCCUUGAACAUGUACGUGACUCCAGAGCGAAGUUUUGACUUCAAGAAACUGGCUGACGUUACCAAAGUCAUUGUCAAAAACUUGAACAAAAUCAUUGAAAUAAACUUUUAUCCUGUGCCAGAGGCAGAAUAUUCCAACAAGAAGCACCGGCCUAUCGGGAUUGGGGUGCAGGGCCUGGCAGAUGCUUUUAUCCUCAUGAGAUACCCAUUUGAGAGUGAGAAGGCUCAAAUGCUAAAUAAGCAAAUAUUUGAGACCAUUUAUUAUGCUGCACUGGAAUCUAGCUGUGAACUGGCCAAGGAGCUUGGUCCAUAUGAAACGUAUGAAGGAUGCCCUGUCAGUAAGGGGAUCCUACAGUACGACAUGUGGAACGUAACGCCUACAGAUCUCUGGGACUGGGCUGCCUUAAAGGAGAAGAUUGCAAAACAUGGCAUCAGGAACAGUUUGCUUCUGGCUCCUAUGCCCACUGCUUCCACUGCUCAAAUCCUGGGCAAUAAUGAAUCUAUUGAGCCAUAUACCAGCAAUAUAUACACACGCAGAGUCCUUUCUGGCGAGUUCCAGAUUGUAAACCCACAUUUAAUGAAAGACCUGACUGAGCGAGGGAUGUGGAAUGAAGAAAUGAAAAAUCAGAUUAUUGCCAACAACGGCUCCAUACAGAACGUCCCAGAUAUUCCUGCUGAUCUGAAAGAGCUGUACAAGACCGUGUGGGAAAUAUCUCAGAAGACGGUCAUUACUAUGGCAGCAGACAGAGGAGCUUUCAUUGAUCAGAGCCAGUCAUUGAACAUUCAUGUAGCAGAACCCAACUAUGGCAAGCUGACCAGUAUGCACUUCUAUGGCUGGAAGCAGGGGUUAAAGACUGGCAUGUACUACCUGCGCACUAGGCCUGCUGCCAAUCCCAUCCAGUUCACCCUUAAUAAGGAGAAGAUAAAAGAAAAGGAGCUGAUGGCCAUGGAGAAUAUGGAGGACAAAGAGGAGAAAGAGAAGAACAAGGCAGCUAUGGUUUGCUCGCUGGAGAACAGAGAUGAGUGCCUUAUGUGCGGCUCAUAGGGGAGUUGCUCUGCUUCAGUGAGCUUUGUAUUGAUUUGAUAAGAGACUGGAAAAUCCUGUGCUGUUUCUCUGGGCCUGUUAGACACUUCCCUGAGGGUAGCUGUUAUUCCUGGACUCUCAAGUGUUUCUAGGGCCUGUGGGGAGAGAGUUACAAGUUACUGUGUACCGUGACGCCAAUCACAAAUCUAAAAUAUUGAUUAACCAGAGCCUGUUUUUUUUUUUCAGAAAAAAAUUAAAAAGUCAAAAAAAAAAAAAAAAA